UCUCCGCAGUGUCACCGUGAACGUGCACAUGAAGGUAGGAAGCAAGUUAACGUCCCCGGUGAAUCCCCGGGCUUUUGAAUAAAGUUACUCGAUCACCCUCGAUCAAAGGCUUUACCGCUAUCUCUUACCUCCUCCCUCUCGUAUCUCGCCGGGUUAGACGAGGGACACUAUUGGCAGCCAAUGGCUCCUUUCACUACACGGCACUUUGUGUCCUUAGGCAUGUUCAUAAUAGAUGAACUAGAUUUUGACGAUGGAAGGACUUCGAGAGAGCAAAUCGGCGGCGGUGGGACCUACGCAGCCAUUGGUGCACGAAUGUGGCUGCCCGCAGACAAAGUAGGAAUGAUCGUAGACCGUGGCCAUGAUUUUCUUCCAGAAGUGCAAGCCAAGUUGGAAAGAUAUGGGAAAGAUAUGUGGUAUUUCCGCGAUGACAAGUCACGGAUUACCACUCGAGCUCGUAAUUCCUACAUAGGAGAUUCUCGAGGGUUCGAAUAUCUUACCCCGCGUGUGCGUCUCACACCCCGGGACUUGGAGGACACACCUCUAGCCAAACCCUCCACACUUCAUUUUAUAUGCUCACCCUCCAGAGCCAUCGCCAUCAUGUCUGAGGUACAUGGCAUUCCGGACUGGAGACCGAUAACCAUAUAUGAACCGAUACCCGACCGAUGUGUGCCAGAAGAAUUGCCUGCUCUAAUUAGUGUAAUGCCCCACAUCGAUAUCCUUAGCCCGAAUGCGGAUGAGGCUCUUGCUUUGCUUUCGCUCCCCGGUCCCGUUGACAAAUCAAACGUGGAAGCUGCGUGCCACAGAUUUUUAGACAUUGGUGUUGGAAAAGAUGGAACUGGGUGCAUUGCCAUACGCAGUGGCAGCUUCGGCGCAUACAUAGCGACAAGAGGUAAUGGUGGGAAAUGGGUUGACGCAUAUUGGACAAAGGAGAAUUCAUCCCAUGUAGUGGAUGUCACCGGCGCAGGGAAUGCGUUUCUCGGAGGUCUUUCUGCUGGGCUUUACUUCACGGAAGGGAAUCCAUACCAAGCUGCAUUGUACGGAGCUGUAUCCGCUUCGUUCGUAAUUGAGCAAGAAGGGCUUCCGUCCCUGACAAGCAGCACUGUAGGAGCAGGAGUUCCAGAAUUAUGGAACAACGAAUUACCUGCCACCAGGCUGGCACGAUUGCGAGAGCGGCUACACGAAUGAAUCAUAGAUUACAACAGGCCUAGAACAAUAUAUGCAGGUUUGCUAGUCAUACAGGGAGGGAAAUGCGAAGGGCGAACAACUGUCCUCGAAAGUGGUAAAUGGAGGAAGCGUACAAAUACAAUAGAUCAUUGCUGGGUGGACUGGUAUUUCGCGAGACUCUGCGCGAACAGCUCCUGCUGCUGCCUCAGCAGUUCUUCCUCGCUUAGGCCUGAUAGCUCUAGCUUUGAGACCUUCUUCUCUCGUUCCUGCAACAAUCUCAGCCCACAUGUCAUGUGUUUGACUAAGAGACUGACCUUCUGCUGUUGUUUGUGGUCUUUGAGGACGUCCUCAACCUCUGCUGUGAAUGUUUCGAAUCCUAGUCGCUUCAUAUUCAGUUAGCC